AUGAUGCGGAAGGAAGGUGCCGGUGCGCCCGGGACUGAGUUCUCGCUGGACGCUUCCGACUGUAUAAAUCUACAACAGAUAUUGCAGGCAUUUAAUUCAACUAUCAGUGAGGAGCACGCAUGGGCCUUGUUUUAUCAGGCCGCAAAGUGUUUCCAGAAGUGCCUCGCUGACGGCUCCACCUGUUACCUGGCAACGGAGCCCAGGCAUUUGUUGCUACAUAAGGAUGGUUUCGUGCAUCCAAACACGCUGCUACGACCAGGAGAAACUGUUUUAAAGUUGCACAGUACAAAUUUGACUACCUACAAGGUUGGUCUGGCUGUAAGUAAAAUCAAAAGUGCGAUACAAUAG